AGUCAUAGACUUAGCGUACGUUGUUGAACUGUGCCAACAGUCUACGCUUGGAGCUCGCAACCGGAGCAUCGUGUGGAGUGUCGUGUGUACCACCUUUACCGCCGCGUGUACCAGAGUGCACGACGAUCGAGUUAAGACGAUCGUUUGAAUUAAUAAUUGAGAAAAAACCUGGUGUCCAGAAUUUUGGCUUGUGUUGUGGUGCGGUGAUUUAGUUGUGUGAAACCUUUCGUGAAGAAUUCACAACCGAAAAUGAAAGAUCUAGUAAAGAAAACGCCCGUACAGUCAUGGUACACAGGAAAAACGAUCUUCGUUACUGGUGGCUCCGGUUUCAUGGGCAAGGUGCUGCUAGAAAAACUGCUCUACUCCUGCUCGGAUCUCGAGCGCAUCUACGUCCUGAUGCGACCGAAGCGCGGUAAAUCGCCUCAAACGCGCAUUGACGAUUGGUUGAAAUUACCGGUUUUCAAGCGUAUCCGUGAGGAAAAGCCGGAAGUGUACAAAAAGCUCGUACCGGUACCGGGUGAUGUGACGAGCGAUAAGCUCGGCAUUAGCGCGGAACACGAAAAGUUGCUGAUCGAGACGGCAGAGAUUGUGUUUCACUGUGCGGCCACACUGAAGCUCGAGGCGAGACUGAAGGAUGCGAUCGAGAUGAACACGAUCGGGACGAAGCGUAUCCUCGAUCUUUGUCUGCAGAUGAAGCGCUUGACGGCAUUGCUACACCUGUCCACUGCGUUCUGUUACUGCGAUAAGGAAGUACUCACCGAGAAGGUGCACGACUUCCAUCACAAUCCGUACGAUCUGAUGCGUACCGUGGAGUGGAUGGAUGAGAAGGCGCUAGACAUGAUCACACCGAACUUGCUGACGCCGCAUCCGAACACCUAUACCUACUCGAAGCGUUUGGCCGAAAUGAUGGUACGCGACUCCUAUUCCAAUAUGCGCGUUUGCAUCGUACGGCCUAGUAUUGUUUGCCCAGCAAAUGCGGAACCGGUCGAGGGAUGGGUAGACAGUUUGAACGGUCCCGUCGGUAUAAUGGUUGCUGGUGGUAAAGGCAUUAUUCGAUCGAUGCUGUGCAAUGGUGAAUACAACGCGGAAGUCAUCCCCGUUGACAUAGCCAUCAAUGGGCUUAUCACGAUCGCGUACACCUUGGGUCAAAUGGAGGAAAUGCCGAAAGAAAUUCCGGUGUACAACAUAACGUGCCGUGAGACAAAGCGAACCACCUGGAAGGAGGUGUUGGAUCUGGGCAAAGCGACCGCUUACGAGUAUCCGUUCGAAGCCGGUGUCUGGUAUCCGGACGGUGACAUUACGAUGAACAAAACGUAUCACACGAUCUGCGUCAUGCUGUUCCACUGGUUGCCCGCUUACUUUAUUGACUUCUUAAUGUUCUGCUUUGGCCAGAAGCGAUUCAUGUGCCGCAUACAGAACAUGGUCUCGGAGGGGCUUAGUUUGCUGCAGUUCUUCACCACCCGGCAGUGGGACUUUAAAUCGCAACAGUAUCAAGCGAUUGCGAAACAUCUCACACCGGAAGAUAACGUUAUCUUCACGAUGGAUGUGGACGCGAUCAACACGAAGGACUAUCUGCGGCGGAUCAUACUCGGUGGCCGUCAGUUCUGCAUGAAGGAACCACUGUCGACGCUACCGAAGGCUCGCAUUCAGCUUAAGUUCCUGUACGUGCUGGACAAAGUAGCGAAAGCGUUUAUGCUCUAUCUGAUGCUGUGGCUUUUCCUAACGCUCACCGGAUUGAAGGCACCGGUCUAUGAAAUGUUCGGAUGGGCGUAAUCACAUAUGCCAUUCGGUUCACAUGAAGUGAAAAUGCUCAGCUGGGAAUGGUAUAAAUUUGUUUGGCGUGACUAACAAUAGUCCCACUUGCAGUGUGUUUUUGUUUGAUAUUAUGUUUCCCUUCGUUCUUUUGUUUUUGUUUGUGGCAAAGCAAUUAACGCAAUAAAAUAAGAAAUAAAUUGAUAACGACAUUAAUUCAUGCUGUUCUUCUUCAUUCUCCGGGUGAUCCGGGAAAACUCUCCGGGUGAUUAAUAGCCAACUAGGAGUUGACUUGUCUAAUGGACAAUUCGAAUUCAAAGGACUUAAAAUCUACGUGAGCAAGAUCAGAAUCUCUUCUCUAAGGUCGAUUUCAACCCU